AUGGGAACCUUAGGGAAAAGGAGAGAAAACCAGCAACCUGCCCAAGCAUGCAGCACUGCCCCCAAAUCAGCACUUGAGCUGAAGCAGAUCAAUUGUUGUCCCAGCCUUUUGAAUCUUACCCAGGUCACGAUGGUGCCGUUGGGGCAUUUAGCCAAAGGAGCCACUUUGGAAGAUCUUCUUGAAACCUGCAUUCAGUCUUUUGAUUUAGAAGGAAAUGCUUAUCAAAACAACCAGCUGCUAAAGAUAAUUCUGGCCAUGCAUCAGUUUAUCAUCUCCUCUGCAGACAUGCUCCAGAAACUCAUUGAUCUAUAUCUUAAUGCUUUAGACAAUAAAUCUUCCAUGCUGUGUGUAAAGAUAUGCUAUUUUGUAAGGUAUUGGAUUACAGAGUUCUGGGUUAUGUUCAAAAUGGACUCUAAACUAUCCGCAACUAUGGAGGAAUUUCAAGAACUGGUUAAAGCUAAUGGUGAGGAGUUACACUGUCGUCUAAUUGACACAACUCAAAUAAAUUCUAGGGAUUGGUCUAGAAAGCUGACACAGCGUGUAAAGGCCAACACCAGUAAGAAACGGAAGGUCUCGCUUCUUUUUGAUCACCUUGAGCCAGAGGAGCUGUCAGACCACCUUACCUAUCUUGAAUUUAAGUCUUUCAGAAGAAUAUCAUUCUCAGAUUAUCAGAACUACAUUGUGAAUAGUUGUGUGAAGGAGAAUCCAACAAUGGAAAGAUCAAUUGCUCUUUGCAAUGGUAUCUCUCAGUGGGUGCAGCUAAUGGUUCUCAGCAGACCAACACCACAGCUUCGGGCUGAAGUGUUCAUCAAGUUCAUUCAUGUUGCUCAGAAACUCCACCAGCUGCAGAAUUUCAAUACAUUAAUGGCAGUGAUAGGAGGUCUCUGUCACAGUUCCAUUUCCAGACUCAAGGAAACAAGCUCAUGUGUUCCUCAUGAUGUAAUUAAGGUGUUUAAUGAAAUGACGGAACUGCUUUCAUCUUACAGAAAUUAUGAUAGUUACCGACGUGCCUAUAAUGAGUGCAGUAACUUUAAGAUCCCAAUCCUUGGGGUCCACCUGAAAGACUUGAUAUCACUUUAUGAGGGCAUGCCAGACUACCUAGAGGACAAAAAAAUUAACAUAUACAAACUAUACUCUCUGUAUAACCACAUAAAUGAGCUGAUACAACUCCAGGAAAUGCCACUUCCCCUUGAGGCUAAUAUGGACCUUGUUCAUUUGCUUACACUCUCCCUUGAUCUUUACUACACUGAAGACGAAAUUUAUGAGCUUUCAUAUGCACGAGAGCCACGAAGUCACCGAGCUGCCCCUUUGACACCUUCCAGACCACCAGUAGUUGCAGACUGGGCCUCAGGAGUAGCCCCAAAACCUGAUCCAAAAACCAUCAGCAAACAUGUUCAGAGGAUGGUAGAUUCUGUCUUCAAAAAUUAUGACCAUGAUCAGGAUGGAUACAUUUCCCAGGAAGAAUUUGAAAAGAUAGCUGCUAGUUUUCCAUUCUCAUUUUGUGUAAUGGCUAAGGACUGGGAAGGUCUGAUUAGCAGGGAUGAAAUAACAGCUUACUUUAUGAGGGCUAGCUCAAUCUAUUCCAAAUUAGGACUUGGCUUUGCUCACAACUUCCAAGAGACCACUUACUUAAGGCCUACUUUCUGCGACAACUGUGCUGGAUUUCUAUGGGGAGUCAUUAAACAAGGAUACAGAUGCAAAGACUGUGGAAUGAACUGCCACAAGCAAUGCAAAGACCUGGUUGUGAUAGAGUGCAAGAGAAGACCCAAAACUUCAGUUGCAGAUAGCAGCCCAACAUCUGCUCUUGCUUCAAGCCUCUGCCCAGUAGGAGUCAAAGAGCAAUUCUAUGGACAAGAAGAAGGACCAUUCACAUUUCCUAAUGGAGAAGUAGUGGAACACAAUGAAGACAGCAAGGACCGAACAAUUAUGCUCAUGGGUUCCUCAGCUCAGAAAAUCUCAGUGAGACUGAAACCAGCUGUGGUUCAUAAAGGUACACAGACUGAUCCUGUACUGUUGGCUGGUGAUGUAUCUCGUAGGCAGACAGAGAAGAAAGAACAUAGGAUGCCAGAAAAUCCUUACCUCCAGGCAGCUCCACCAUCCCCAUGUCCGAGCCCAAUUCUAGGCCGCAAAAAGGCAUAUGUUAAAUGGGAAAACAAGGACUCCAGCCAGAAAAUGAAGGAGGAGCAUCACAGCUGUAAACCCUCAUACCAGGAACUUGAGCAGGAAAGAAAUAUUCUAAAGGCAGACAAUGAAGGUUUAAAGAUCCAACUGGAACAGGCACAUAAAACAAUUGAAUCUCUCACAAUCCAGAGAAGAAACCAUGUAGUCGACAACCUACAGCACAGAGACUGCUCCUAGCAUACAAGAGAGGAAAUCUCCUGUGAAAUAAUGUAAGACUGAAGGAGGGGUUGUGAUACAGCUGCUUUACCAAGUGAACUGGAGAGUCCAAAGGAUUUUAAAACAGAAAUACUGUCUUUACUCAACACAUUUCCAUAUUAAACAUACACUCCCAACUGUACAAAUCCACUCCUUUGACUUUUAAAGGUAAUUUAGCAUUAUCUGUACAAUGAAAAUAAUAUCUUCUGGGUUUGCUUUUCAAAGGAGUGACACUGUUGCUGAUGUUUGUGUUCGUGAUGAAAACCACAUGGAUUCCCCAGUGACCUGGCUGCCAGCAGCACACCUUACUCUACAAGUGUUCUGACAAAGUAGCUAUUCAUAAGACUGUGUCACCUCAGAUUUGGCCCAAAUUCAGGUUUCUAGAAACAAAUGUUCAAUAAAGCUGAGUAUUUAAGUGAAACUGUAGAAAUAUUACAUUAAGAGAAACAGUUCCUUCUCAUGGUGGCUGAAACCAAUUAAAAUCAUGAAGUGAACUGUCAUCUUUAUUUCCAAAGUUUAACAAGAAUAUUAAAAUGUUAGGCUAAUGAUAUUUCAUUAUUUGAUUCUUAAACUUCAAGAUAAACUGACAAUUUUUUUAAACCUCUUUCAGAGCUUUAGAAGUCCUGCUGUUCAAACGCUUACCUUUGUUAAGGUAAAAUAGAUGAGAUUAUAGAGAGUUUAUAUUGAAUACUGCUUCCAUUUUUGUGUUCCAUGCUACAGCUUGGAACAUUUAGCCCUACUUGUUUGGCUUAAGGGAUAGCUUGUUGUCCACAUACAGUAGAUAUGGGACAAGGUUGGUUAUUUUUCUCUCAUGUCAAAGUGAAUGCCAUUGUUGAGUAGAACCUUGAGGGCCAUGUUAUGAGGGAAACUGUGGAGUCAUCCCAGUGCAACAGUUACUGUACUCCAGAGUUCCUAACAUCUUCUGGUUCUAACCAAGGUUUCUCCAUUUUCUCUCUCCUAGACUUCACAAGCACUUUAGAGUCAAGAUGAGUGUGCUCUUAUGCGUGUAAAUUCUGUAUAGUAAAAGGUGCUAGGGAGGUAACUUAGUUUUCUUAAAACUACAAAGUGUACAUAUUGUUAAGAGACAACAAAACAGUCUUUCAAGUUACUGAUAAAUCUACUUGUCUGAAUAGCCAAUUUUAAAAUUGCAUUUGCAUUCCAAGUGAAGCCGUACACUUACAGUUGUAUAAAACUUGCUUGCAUUUAUCAAACAGGGAUUUGUCAUCACACAUUUAAACAACAGAAGCUUAUGACUUUGAUAAAAAGUCCACUUAGUGCUCCUCAAGACUUGUAAGUUAGACUAAAUUUCAGUCUAUAACGGACUUUAUAAACUACCUAUUACAAUAGCAUGUGUGCUUUGUGUUCAAAGUGGUAUAAAGGUAUG